AUGAUUCCACCACAACCAAGCAGUGAAGAAGUAGGCAGAACCCCCAGUGUCACUUCAAAGCCAAACAUUAAAAAGGGAGCAGUUCCCUGCUCCAUCCUCCGUCUAGCGCAGGUAAAAAAGAAAGGCAAAAUAAAGAAGCUUAGCCAAGCAAUUGAAGAUCUCUUCGUGGGACUGCAAGGGAUGGAUCUGAACCUUGAGACUGAAGCACUGGUUGGCACUGGCUUAGUGUUGGAUGAGCAGCUAAAUGUAUUUCAUUGUCUCUGGGAUGAUAGCUUCUGGGAAAGCCUUGAGCAGCUUCAUGCCAUCAAGGAGCAACUGAUCCAGGAGGGCCUCCUAGAUCGCUGUGUGUCCUUUCAGGCCUGA